AAAGUAGAGUCUCCAAGUCUUCACACAGCUAGAAGUGUGUUAGUUUUGUGUACUCUCCAUGUUUCCAUGUCUUCACACAAUUUUUUAGGGAUUCUUUUAGUGGUGUCAUGUGUACUCUCUCCAUAAACUACAAAGAAAAGAAAAGAAAAGAAGGUGCUCACCUUACCCUCUUCAAAAUCCGCCUAAAAUAAUAGCAUAUUUCUUAAAUCUUGCACGUAAAAGCUUUCUGCUUUCCACCCAAUCCCCUCCUCACUGCACACUCAAUUCCUCAGUAAGAAUAUUUUCCUAGCUUGCUAAUCCUUUCUUUCUCUAGUAUAACCACAGUUCAAGCAAGAAUGUCUUUUUGAGGGCAUGCACCUUUUACAAGUGUGUGAAAUUAGAAAUUAUAUGUCAAAACAGUUGUUUUUGAACACUUCCCUCUACUAGAAUUAAUGGGUAGAGCUCUAUAUGAAGUCAAGCAAAGAUAUGGUUUUUCUAUAAACUCAUCUCCUCUAUCAUCUCCCUCUUCAAACUCAACUCCUUGCAACAGUUUCAACUAUGAAAAACAAUCGAGUUCCUCAUCUUCAUCUUUUAACAGAAUUAAUCCUGCACUUCUUUUGGUUAUAAUAAUUCUAGCUGUCAUCUUCUUUGUUUCUGGUAUUCUCCAUUUGCUUAUUAGGUUGUUCAUGAAAAGGUCACAUUUUUCACCAGUCUUUCAUUCUAAUAGAUUCCCAGAAUCCUCGAGGUCUCAUUCUCUGCAAAGACAGCUUCAACAGCUCUUCCGGCAGCAUGACUCGGGUCUAGACCAAGCUUGUGUCGAUGCUUUACCUGUAUUUUAUUAUAAAGAAAUCAUGGGUUUGAAGGAGCCGUUUGAUUGUGCAGUUUGUCUAUGUGAAUUCUCAGACAAGGACAAGCUUAGGUUGCUUCCCUCGUGCAGUCAUGCUUUUCACAUAGACUGUAUUGAUACUUGGCUUCUUUCAAACUCUACUUGCCCUCUUUGUAGAGGGACCCUUUUGAGCUCCAGCCUUCCCAUGGAGAAUCCAUCGUUCAAUUUUGAUGUUUUGAGGGAAGUACCAAAUGGAAUCUCCAGCGAUGGGUCUUCCAACGGUCCAAAACCAGGUCUUCCGGAGGAAAGUGCAGGUGAAAAGAGGGUAUUCUCAGUGAGACUCGGCAAGUUUAGAAGCCUGAAUGAGGGAGAAUCUAGCAUAGAGAUAGGACAAGGAGAGACUAGCAGAUGUAGUUUAGAUGCUCGAAGAUGUUACUCAAUGGGCACAGUUCAAUAUGUGGUGGGUGAUUCAAAUCUGCAAGUGGCCUUAUCUCAUCAAAGUCUAACCGAAAGAAGAGAUAAUGAGUACCCUUCAAUUGAUGGGGAUGUGGAGGAUAAGAAAAUCAGAAACAGGACGACAGGAGAUAGCUUCUCAGUCUCAAAGAUUUGGCUUUGGUCUAAGAAGAACACAUAUCCAACUUCUUCAAGUUCUACAAAUAUGGAUAUGUCUUCGAUUAUUGUAAGUUAACUGGUCUGUCAAUGAUAGAUAGAGCCUGCAACCAUAAAGAGAUGUAUAUUUUUUGGCGAUUCGUAUCGUUUCAACAUUCACUUAUAUGUGCAAAUUAAUGGAAACACUCAGCAGUUAGCCCAUCUAUGGAGAUGGGGAAUUGAAGGAGUCCAUUGCUGGGCUGUUGGCUCUUCACCUGUUCAUCCACUUGGAUAAUCCCUGCCACCUGAGCAAGCUACGCCAGUGGCCGACAUCUAACUAACUUUAACAAGCUUCCAUUUGUUCGACAAAAAAAAAAAAACAAGCAUCUAUGGUACACAGGAGAAAGGGGUUCUUAAACUUUUCACUUAUGUCCUGAAAUCUUUCCAGAUGAUUCUCUCUCUCUCUACUGCUGCUUACAGGAGAUUCUCUCUGACUCUAUACAAUAACGUUGAUUUUGAAUAAAAGUAAAGGUUUAGUAGUA